UACAUUUUUGCCCCUUUUCUCCCUCAGUUCACCGCGACUGCCACAAGUAAGAACGACACCUUCCUCCAGUUCCUCUCUCCCCCCGUGGACUGGAGUAAGGACAGCCAGUCCCUGAGGACGCUGCUCCACCUGGACAACGUGGAGGAGGAGCUGAAGCACUUCAACUACCACCCGAACCCCUCCUUCAACAAUCUCACCAAGAACAUCAUCACAGAGACCAGCGUCAUCAUCGUCACCGGUCGAGGUUUCUCCAAGGCCAUGACAGCCAAAGAGGCGCAGGCGUUUGUCGGGGAUGCAUCGUGUCACGUUAACAUCCUGCAGGAUGAUAAGUUGAUCCUGGAGGCUCCUUCAACUCAGCCCAAAGCCAAAACCAAACCCAAAACCAAACGGCAGCGUAGAGACACGGCCAACGAACCGCUGGAGCUGGUGGUUCAGUUUGGUAACGGCGAGUGGAUCGUGGGCUCGGUGUAUUACGCCACCAAAGACGACAUCCCUCUGGCUAUAAUCAUCCCUGCGGUGAUCGUACCUAUGCUGCUCUUCAUCGCCAUCUCCGUCUACUGCUAA